AUGACAUCAGAUCCGUUGCUCAAUCCAAAUCCAUAUUAUCGAGUUAAUAGAUGGUCACGACUGUUUCAUAGUUGGAUAUCACUAUUACUUAAAAAACGUCAUAAACAAGGUACACUGCAUUUAAAUGAUCUCUAUGAUCUUUUCCCUCAACUUGAAUCAACAAAAUUAACUGAUGAUCUUGAAAAGAAUUGGCUCAAUGAAGUGAAACAAACAAACCGUAAACCAAAUCUUGUUCGCGCAACAUUAAAAACUAUGGGAUGGGGACCAUUUCUUACCGGUUUACUCCUCAUUCCAAUAGAAUUGGCUAAAAUUUCUCAACCCGUAUUAUUAACAUUUCUUAUGGGAUUUUUCGACAUAUGUCCCACAAUAUCUUCAUCGUAUGCAUGGUUAUUAGUUGCUGCAACUAGUCUUGCUGCUUUAACAAGUAGUCUUAUUUAUCAUCAUUAUUUUUAUCGAAUAACUAUGUAUGGUUUACAAAUGCGUGUAGCAUAUACUGGUUUAAUAUUUCGUAAAAUUCUUCGAUUAUCUAGUCAUUCGGUUAAUAGUGUUAGUUCCGGUGAAAUAACAAAUUUAGUAUCAAAUGAUGCAAGUCAAAUUGAACUUGCUCUUUAUUUUGUUCACUAUUUAUGGGUUGCUCCAUUAGAAAUAAUAUUAGUUAUUAUUUUCUUUUGGAAAUAUGUUAAAUAUAUUGCUUUUAUUGCUGUUGGAUAUACAUUAUUACUUUUAAUUAUUCAAGCAUCAUUUGGUCGUUUAUUUGUUUAUCUUCGAACAAGAAUUUUACAUGUAACUGAUGAACGUGUUAAAAUUAUGUCGGAAAUAAUUAAAUCAAUGCGUAUUGUAAAAAUGUAUUGUUGGGAAACAGCAUUUUAUAAUAAAAUAUGUUCAAUAAGAAAACGUGAAAUCAUACAAUGUGCUUUUCGUUUAUUACUUGAUUGUGGUCAAACAUUAUUAUCUCAUACUUAUACAAGUGUUACGUUUUUACUGAUGUAUGGAACAAUGUGGUCAUUAGACAUUCAAUUUGAUACACGAUUUUUUGCACUUGCUGCUUGUAUGCUUGGAUAUAUGCGUUUAUCGACUAUUGAUUUUUUUACUUUUGCUGUUCGUUAUCUUGUUCAUUAUUUGGCUGCUAAAAAACGUAUCCAAAUGUUUCUCCUUCUUGAUGAAAGUGAACGAGAUAGUCGAUUAUUAUCAACAUCUAUGAUAGAUCUUGUAUCAAAUGGAUAUUCUACAGAACAAGAUCUUCAUAAGGAAAAAAUAAUAAUUGAUAAAUCAAUGAAAACAUCUCCUAGUGUUAUAUGUAAUUUGAAACAAGCACGAUGGGAUCAGACUAGAACAUUUUCAUUAAAAAAUAUUGUCUUUGAUGCACAUCCAGGUGAUCUCAUUUGUAUUAUUGGUCCAGUUGGAGCUGGCAAAAGUUCUCUCUUACAAACAUUAACAGGUGAAAUAGCUCAAUUUGAUGGUAAAGUUCGAUUACAUGGAUCAUUUUGUUAUGUUCCACAAGAACCAUGGAUAUUUUCAUCAUCAAUCAAAAAUAAUAUUCUUUUUGGUAAAGAAUAUGAUCAAAAAUUGUUUCAACGUGUUAUCAAUGUUACUGCACUUGACACAGAUUUAAUUCAAUCAUCUCAUGGUGCAAAUACUCUUGUUGGUGAUCAAGGUAUCAUGUUGUCUGGUGGUCAAAAAGCAAGAGUAAAUAUGGCAAGAUCAUUGUAUCGUGAUGCUGAUAUCUAUUUAUUAGAUGAUCCACUUUCUGCUGUCGAUGCUAAAGUGUCAAAACAUCUUUUUGAUAAAUCGAUUAAAAGUUAUCUUCAUGAUAAGAUUUGUAUUCUCGUCACUCAUCAAAUUCAAUUCUUACAAGAUGCAACUAAAAUUAUUGUUCUCAAUAAUGGUGAAAUGGUACAAAAUGGUACAUAUGAACAAUUACUUUCAUCUUCACCAUCAUUUGCUCGUCUACUAGAGGAUAUUAAUCAACAUAAACAAGAAUAUGAGGAACAACCAAAUACUUUGUUAAGAAAACGUUCAAAGAUUGGUUCGAUCAAUUCACUACAAGAGGAUGAAGAAGAUCUAAAAUCAUUACCAACAAAUAACGAAAUAAAACAAGAAGGAAUAGUGAGAUGGAGUGUUUAUUUAUCAUAUCUUCGAGCUGGAAUUAGUGGAGUUUUAGGCGUCUUAUUAUUGUUAACUGUAUUCUCUGUACAACAAGCAAUAUCUCUAUCUAGUAAUUGGUGGUUAGCAGGAUGGAGUAAUGAUGAAGGUCAUCGACAUCGUCUUUAUAAUAAUUGUACAAAUAUAAAUGAUCAAAAAAUUAAUCGAAUACGUUUGAUGAGUGACAACGAAUGGAAUGAACAUCGAAAUCGACGAUUUUAUAUCUUUUGUGGUACUGUGGCUAUACUCAUUAUAGUUACAUUUUUACGAGUAGUCACUACAGAAUUUAUAUGUUUAAAUGCUGGACGAAUAUUACAUAACAGGAUGUUUCAACGACUUAUUCGAUGUCCAAUACAUUUUUUUGAUAUGAAUCCAAUUGGUCGCAUUCUUAAUCGUUUUACAAAAGAUGUUGCUAUUAUGGAUGAUAAUCUUCCAUUGAAUAUGUUUGAUUUUCUUCAUUGUCUAUUUCAAGUUCUUGGUAUAGUAACUUUAGUUGGAAUACUCAAUCCAUUGGCAUUUAUACCAGCUGUAGUGGCUGUCAUUGCUAUGUUACUUUUAAGAUAUCGAUUUGCCUCAUGUUUACGAGAUCUUAAACGACUUGAAGGUGUUACAAGAAGUCCUGUUUAUUCACAAUUAACAUCAACUAUUCAUGGUCUUAAAGUUAUACGAUCUUAUCAUGCUGAAAAUAUUUGCUCUCGCGAAUUUCUUCAUCAUCUUAAUGAUAAUACACGUGUUAAUUAUUUGUCAAUUACAACAAAUCGAUGGGCUGCCAUUCGUUUUGACUGGAUUGCCCUAAGUUUCAUCGUUCUUGUUACAUUACUAGCCAUGAUUGUACGUCUUACACAACAACAAUUUUCAGCUGCAGAUAUUGCUCUUACACUUUCAUACAGUCUUAAUCUUAUGGGUCUUCUACAGUGGACAAUUAGACAAUCAGUUGAAGUUGAAACACAAAUGACAUCAGUCGAACGAAUACUAGAAUAUUGUGCACUUGAACAAGAACCAUCUGCACAAGUACCACCAAAAUAUCGUCCACCUACAAAUUGGCCAUCACAUGGUGAAAUUACUUUCAAUGAUGUUUGUAUGUCUCAUUCGAAUGAUUCAGAUGCACCUCUUGCUUUAAAUCAUAUAUCAUUAACUAUACGAGCUGCUGAAAAAAUUGGUAUUGUUGGAAGAACAGGUGCUGGAAAAAGUUCAUUUAUUCAAACAAUAUUUCGAAUGGGUACACUUAUUAAUGGACAAAUUAUAAUUGAUAAUAUUGACAUAUCAACUAUUGGAUUAGAUGAUAUUCGACGUCGAAUUUCAAUUAUUCCACAAGAUCCUGUUCUUUUUACUGGAACAAUAAGAAGUAACCUCGAUCGAUUUGGUGAUUAUUCUGAUGUUGAAAUAUGGCAUGCACUUGAACAAGUACAACUUAAGAAAUUAGUUAGUGAUGUUAUGUCUAAUGGUCUUCAUUCAUUAGUUAGUGAAAGUGGUUCAAAUUUAAGUGUUGGACAAAAACAAUUAGUAUGUUUAGCAAGAGCUAUAUUAAAAAAGAGUAAAAUACUUGUAAUUGAUGAAGCAACAGCUAAUGUUGAUAAUGCAACGGAUGAAUUAAUUCAACGAGCUAUUCGUGAACAAUUUAAGAAAUGUACAGUAUUAACAAUAGCUCAUCGAUUGCGUACAGUAAUUGAUAGUGAUCGUAUUAUGGUGCUUAGUCAUGGAGAAUUAUUAGAAUUUGAUUCACCUUAUGUAUUAUUAUCUAAUUGUGGAUCUGAGUUUGCAUCACUGGUAGAUCAAACAGGUGCAGCUGAAGCUGAACAUCUUCGAAUGUUAGCAAGUAUUGCUUCAUCAAAAGUCAAAUAUAAUGAUAGGAAUCUCAACAACGAUACUGAUUUACCAUCAGAAGGGGAAGAAAAUGAUCUUUUGCUUUGA